AUGGAAGAAGUGAAUCAGACUGUGGUGUCUGAGUUCAUCUUUCAGGGACUUUGUACUUCAAAAGAAAUUCAGAUCUUCCUCCUGCUGCCAUUUUUCAUCCUCUACCUGAUGACUGUGGUAGGCAACAUCUUUGUCGUGAUAAUAAUUGUCAUUGAUCAUCAUCUCCACUCACCCAUGUACUUUCUGUUAGCUAAUCUCUCUUUCAUUGACCUCUGUCUUUCCUCAGUAACUACCCCCAAACUGAUCACAGACCUCCUAAAAGAUAAUAAAACCAUUUCCUUUGGGGGUUGCAUGAGCCAGAUCCUCUGUGUGCACUUCUUUGGAGGAGGUGAGAUGGUGCUUCUGGUAACAAUGGCCUAUGACCGGUAUGUGGCCAUUUGCAGGCCACUCCACUACAGCAGCAUCAUGAACAGACAGAAGUGCAUCUGGCUCGUUUUGAUAUCGUGGAUCAUUGGAUUUGUACAUGCCGUGAGUCAACUGAUUCUGAUUUUGGAGCUACCUUUCUGUGGUCCUAGAGUGAUAGACAGCUUUUUCUGUGAUAUCCCUUUGGUGCUGAAAUUAGCCUGCACGAACACUGACACUCUGGGAACUGUGAUAAAUGCUGACAGUGGUGUUGUAGCUACAACUUGCUUUAUUCUCUUGCUUAUCUCUUACACUUAUAUCUUACUAACUGUUCAGCUUCAAUCUAAAGACAGCACAUCAAAGGCACUCUCUACUUGUACAUCUCACAUCAUAGUGGUUGUACUGUUUUUUGGACCCUGCAUUUUCAUCUAUCUGUGGCCAGUCAGCAUCACUUGGGUGGACAAGUUUCUUGCCGUGUUUUACACAGUCAUCACACCUCUCCUGAACCCAGCUAUCUACACACUGAGAAAUAAAGACAUCAAGAAUGUUAUAAAGAAGCUGAAAAAUCACUUUUAA